UUGCACACGUACGUUCAUCGUUUUCAUAAAUAUAAAAUACAAAAGAAAAAAAAAUUAAAAAAAAAAAAAACAAGAGAAGUAGCAGAGAAGUAGCUGAUGAGAAGCGGUGGUAUCCCAUUGUCGUUGCGUCAGCUAAGGAGAACAGAGAUGUCUGGUGAUUGGCCAAUUACGAAUAGUGGGAAAUCCCAGUUGAUACCUGCUCUUCCGUGCUGAAUGUUCUUGCGUUGUCGCGUGCGCGCGCGAGCACCAGCGCAUGCACGAGCAUGUACUGACGUUUCAGAGUUCUCGCGUCACCAUCGACCUCAAGCUUUACCCUGAAGGAACGUAGACGAUCGGACGACAAUUAGUAACGCGCGAAACGCCAUUCACGUUGCACGUUUCGUUGCACGUAUAUAACUUUCGAUUCGAAUUCGUGACUUUUCUUCUCCUUCCUCGUUUCUUCUUUUUUCUUUUUCCUUAUUUUUUCUAUCCUUUUCUUUUCUUUAACUGUCUAAAUAUAUCUGUCCAUGAUUUAUGAGAACACGGUUUCUUUGUAAAAACGACACAACUGAUACAACGUCGACGACGCUUGCAAUACUUAUGUUAAUUAACAGGAACGAUUUAUUUUCUUGCGAUAGUCGUACGAGUUUGAAUAGUUGCGCGUGGCGCGAAACGACGCACGAUUCCAAAUACAUACGUAUAUGUGAUCGCGUUUGUACGAAAGAUCUACAUAAAAAAUUUGGAGCACAACAUCUCAGAAAGGGAUGAAUUCCUUCGAUAACUAUGACAGGACGAAUCUGUCGGAGGUUUGUUCCUCGGUAAUAAACUUGAACGAUGAAAAUGAAAAUAACGAUCAUUUCUUGUGGAACAUGGAUACUCCAGUUAACAAAAAAGAUGGCUCGAUUUAUAAUUCGUACGAACCCAAACGAAAAAGAUGUUUCCUCGGUGAAAACGAGGACAUCGAUGGAACCGGCUGGUGCGGGAAACCGAUCAAAAGUUGGUGCCAAGAGGAAACGAUAAGUUGGUUAAUGUCAGCCGCAUCUUCUAUAGGACUACCAUACAGGUCUAUCCAGCAGAGUCUUGCGGUUUCCGGAGAACAACUUGCUACGAUGACACGCAAUGAUUUCCUCUUUCACGAUCCAAUCUAUGGGGAUAAAUUAUAUUGCCAUCUUCAUUCUCAACAUAUUUCGAAUUCACUUCCACCGUUCGAGGCUAUACAUUCGCAUUCCGAAGACGAUUUGGCUCAAAUGUCAUCGAGCGGUGUUUCUGAUACUGAGUCAGACAAUUGUAUGAAAAUUACGAUGAAACGACCACCGGGAAGGCCAAAAAUGUUAAAGCCGAAGAAAAGUGUCACGGGUCAAGGAAAACUAUGGGAGUUUAUUCGGGAUUUAUUACGCAAUCGAGAAACUUGUCCCAGCUUAAUUUGUUGGGAGGAUUAUUCGCAAGCUAAAUUUCGCUUUGUUAAGAGCGACGAAGUCGCGAAACGAUGGGGUUCCCGAAAAGGAAAUACAAAAAUGACUUAUGAAAAACUUAGUCGUGCCAUGAGGUACUAUUACAAAAGUAAGAUAUUUCAACCCGUACUUGGUCGAAGAUUGGUUUAUCAGUUCGGUCCUAACGCAAAAGGAUGGCAAACUGAUAAUCCUAAUUUCCGAUAUUGACAUAAUUACGCAUACAGAAUUAAUUUUAAUUUCUAGAAUAUAAGAGCGAGCAAAAUAAAAGCUUUUCUGCAUA